CAGGAGUUCCUGGUCACCGGGUCCAGUGGGGAAGGCACGAGAGGGGUGUUCCCCGCCUCACAGCCCAUGGUCGGAGCCCCCAGGGGUGCCGGAAGCUCGCGCACCACACGCGCCUGGGCCAGGACUGGGACCGCCGUUCCCGCAGCGGCUUCUACCCCAGUCGCUCCCGCCCCGCGGCGCCCACGGAGUGCAAUGGCGUCCCCCGUGUGGAGGCGUGAGGCUGCGGUUGGCGUGACCUUUGAGGACAUUGCCCUGUACUUCUCCAGGGAGGAAUGGAGCCUCCUUUAUGAGGGUCAGAGACAGCUGUACCUGAAUGUGAUGCUGGAGAACUUUGAACUUCUAUCCUCUCUGGUGCCCUCCACCGUUGGUCCAUGUCUUCAGAGCCUUAGAGUGCACACCGAUUGCUGUAUUGAGGUAGAACAUCACGUGCUCUAAUAGAAUUGAUUUUUAGGUUUGAGCACAUUCAAGUUAUUCUACACAGACUCACGUCACCAGCAUCAAAGGACCUAAAGGAAGCCAUUUGUGGAGGAACAACUAGCAGACCCUUCCUCUCUUCUUUGUGUCCCAUCCUGUGCUUCUGUCCCUCCCUUGGUGAGAUUUUCAUCAUCCACUGACCUUUGGGGCCAAGAAAAGUAUAACAGCCAUUUCCUCAGAGUCUAACUCACUCAUGUUAAAAAUCUUUCCAUGAAAUCAUGUCCAGUCACGAUAAAUAAACAUCUCUGGUUAAGAUAUUCUAUUUUUAGCUGAAACCAGUUUGUUUCAGUGACUAGAGCGUUGGCCUGCGUACUGAAGGGUCCCGGGUUCGAUUCUGGUCAAGGGCAU